AUGUCUAUUACACCUCCAAGCAAACAAUGGAUGGAUGCUCCACGACAUUCAGCUCAAUUUUUGGAAGGAAUUAAAUCCUUUAUUAGGUUCGCAAAAGAUACUGGAGGGGCAGAUAAAUUAUACCUCUGUCCAUGCUCGAAAUGUAAGCUAUUUUCAGCAAAAAAACAAUUUUCUCUCGAGGAAAUACAUUUGCAUUUGCAAAAAUCUGGUAUCCAUAAGCCAUACAGAAUUUGGAUACAUCACGGAGAACAGCUGCGUCCAAAUGUUGUCAAUGUUAAUCCAGCUCCUAAUUUAUCUUCUAAUAAUGUUGUUCAUUGUGAAGAUUCUGGUCGGAGACUGGUCGACAUGUUCAGUGACCUACAGCGAUGUAUUGACCUCGAUAAUGAUAUGGAAGAGUGUUCCAAUGAUGUUAAUCAAGAGAGUGGUGCUAAUGUUGAAGGUGAUCAAGGUGCUGAUAUAAAUUACAAGAAGAGGAUUGAAGAUUCGAUGCAACCCCUAUAUCCUUCUUGUGAUGGGCAACAUACGAAGUUGUCUGCAACAAUUGAAUUGCUAAGUAUGAAAGCAAGACAUAAUUGUUCUGAUGGAUUCUUGACUGAGUUGUUGCAAUUUAUGAAGACGAUUCUACCUGCUGGGAAUACAUUACCGGCAACAGCCAAUAAAGCGAAGGCUAUGAUUGAACCUUUUCGAUUGAAGUGUGAAAUUAUACAUGCUUGCCCGAAUGAUUGCAUUCUUUACCGGAAGGAAUAUGCUGACAUGGAUGAACGUCCUAAUUGUAAAGCAAGUAUAUGGAAACUAGUUGAUACGAAGAAACCACAUGCCAAAAGAGUUCCAAUGAAAAAACUAAGAUAUUUCUCAGUUGCUGAAAGGUUGCAGCGCAUGUUUAGUAUACCAUGGAUAGCAGAGCUGUUGAAUUGCCAUGGUAAUAUAGAGGAAAGCAGCACACACAUGCGGCAUCCCGUGGACUCUCCUUGUUGGAAGUUUAUAGAUAGCAAGUGGCCUGAGUUUUCUGCAGAGAAGAGAAAUGUGCGUUUAGGACUGGCAACCGAUGGAUUUAACCCUUUCGGAAUGAACUAUCCCCAUAGUUGUUGGCCCGUUAUGCUUGUACCGUUGAACCUGCCCCCAUCACACUGCAUGGCUAAAGAAUUUACAAUGUUGAUACUACUGAUUCCUGGUCCAACUGAACCAGGCCAUAACAUCGAUGUUUAUUUGCAGCCGUUAGUCGACGAGUUGAAAGAGUUAUGGUCUGUUGGAAAGUUGACAUAUGAUGCUCAUACAAAGAGUAAAUUUACGUUGAAAGCAAUCUUAAUGUGGUGUGUGCAUGACUUUCCGGCCUAUGGACAUGUUUCUGGUUGUAGAACAUCGGGAAGAUUUGGUUGUCCUGUAUGUGGUGAAAAGACAUAUGCAAUCCGGCUAAAGAAUGGACGUAAAUUCAGCUACAUGGGUCAUAGAAGAUUCUUACCAGCUGACCAUCCCUUCAGAAAUGCAAAAGCAAAAUUUGAUGGAACCGAAGAACAUGGAGAUGCUCCAUCCCGUUUGACCGGAGCCCAAUUGUUGACGAAGAUGAAUAGUGUGCGAACAGAAUUUGGGAAGUUCACAAGUAGAAUGGAAAAAACAUCAAAUUCUAUUGGGAAAAGGCGUUUGACGGGUGUACAACUGUUGAAAACUAUGAGUCGUGUACGCACUGAAUCUUGUCGAGCAACAGGUAAGAGGAAACGGACGGUUGAUACAAGUAUUCCGCCAAAUAUGAAGAAGCGAUCAGUUGAUACAAGCACUCCGUGGUCAAAAAGAUCAAUCUUAUUUGAUUUUCCUUACUGGGAGGAUCUGCUGGUUCGACACAAUUUGGAUGUAAUGCACAUUGACAAAAAUUUUGCUGAGAUUUUUUUUGGAACUAUAAUGGACAAUAAGGAUAAGACUAAGGAUGGGAUUUCGGCACGCAAGGAUCUGCAAAUCCUUAAGAUAAAGAGGAAUUUAUGGUUGAAGGAGAGAGGACCCGGCAAGCCUCCAGAAAUGACGCCAGCACCUUAUCGUUUGUAUAUAGAAGAGAGGAAACUAGUGUGCAUGUCUCUUAGUAACCUGAAGGUUCCUAUUGGUUACUGCGGGAACUGGAAAGGAAAAGUAUGUUUGCGUGACUUUCAGCUAAAAAGCGUGAAGUCUCAUGACUACCACAUCCUAAUGCAGGGUUUGCUACCUGUUUUUCUGAUGUAUCAUUUCAAAGGGCAUCAUCCAUUGAUUGAGGCCAUUCGACAGGUGUCAUUGUUUUUUAAAGUUGUUUAUUCUAAGGUUAUUGAUAUUGCUGAGCUUCGCAUCAUGCACCAACGUCUCGUGGAUUCUAUAUGUGUUUUUGAAAUGUAUUUCCCGCCGGAUUUUUUUGUUUCAAUGAUACAUGUCGUCGUACAUUUGGCAGAAGAGGCAGAAACAUUGGGUCCUGUUACAACUCGAUGGAUGUAUCCUUUUGAAAGGAUGAUAAGAACAUUCAAAGUUUUUGGUCGCAACAAAAACUAUAUAGAGGGAUCUAUUACAGAACAAUAUGUAUUAGAUGACGCAUUGAGACAUUGUAUGGAGUACAUUCUGAAUGGUAGGGAGAAGUGCUACAAGAAAAAGGGAAGGAUAUCUAAUGACGAUGACAUUCAGGAAGGUCCAUACCCGCCAAAUAUGUCUGAAGGAAAAAGAUAUCAUAUACCUAACCCACAGUACGAACAAGCACGCAUAUGGGUUUUGAUGCAUUCUCAAGAAAAUACUGAAUGGGAAAAGAAGUAUGACAAAUUACAUGUUAGAGGAAGAAGGAAUUCAAGGAACCCUGAUGAAUACAUGAAAUGGCUAACGCAACAAUUUCAGGGAAAAGACAUGAAAGAUUUUAAGCGGCUCGUUGAUGGUCCAUCUAGAUAUGCAGUAUCACAUAAUGCGUAUGCAGUAAAUGGAUAUAUCUUUUAUACAGCUGAUUGA